AUGCACGACCCAAGACACCGAGUGUACAGACAAUAUAGUAUAAUCGAAGUCGGACACACCGACACGAUGGAGUCUUCUUCGUUUGAACCGAAAUGUUCAGACGGGGCCAUUGCGCAUUCCAAGGCCUCGGAAGAGGAAUCCACGGGCCAAGGUAGAAGUCGUACUGGUGGGAGGAGGUUAAGAAGUAUGACGGCUGCUUGA